AUGACAGGUCCCAGAAUACAACAAGAGCUGUUUCCAGUUUUGGUCAAAUUCAGAUGUUACCCAGUAGUUGUCACAGCUGAUAUCAUGAAAAUGUUUAGACAAAUUCUAGUUAAUGAAGAGGAUAGAAACUUUCAAAGGAUAUUUUGGCGGGACCGUCCAAGUGAUCCUAUUCAAGAAUUUCGAUUUAAUACUGUCACAUACGGCACUGCCUCGGCUCCAUAUUUGGCUACUCGUGCUUUAUACCAACUUGCCUACGAUGAGCAGAAUAACUAUUCUUUAGCUUCGAAGGCUGUACUUCAAAACUUUUUUGUAGAUGAUUGUUUGGUAGGUGCUGCUCAAAACAACUGA